AUGAAGGUAGAGGACGGUCAUGCAGUCUUGACAAUUGUUGAACAAAACUCACGUCAAAGUGUCAGAGAAAUGUCUCAGGCACUUGGUGUCAGUACUGCAACGGUCUCCAGCAAUCUGCAGAAGAUUGUUACUUGUGACGAAAAGUGGAUCAAUUAUGAUAACCGUAAACGAACAGGUCAAUGGCUUGAUCGUGAUGGCUCCUCCAAAUAUUUCCCAAAGCCAAAAUUGCACCAGCAAAAGAUGGUGAUUGUCUGGUGGUCUGCAAUUGGUGUUAUCCAUCACAGCUUUCUGGAAGCCAAUCAGAGCAUUACAGCAGAGGUUUACUGCAAUCAACUCGCUGAAAUACAUGCUCACUUGCAAAAAAUGAUAUCUGCAUUGGUGAAUCGGUGUGGACCAAUUCUGCUUCACAAUAAGGCUAAGCCACAUGUUACAAGAAUGACGCUGCAGAAACUCACAGAUUUGGGAAACGAAACUUUACCACAUCCUCCGUAUUCUCCUGAUCUUUCACCUGCUGACUACACUUUUUUAAGCAUUUAA